GUCAAAUCUAUCCCAAUCUUGAAUAUUCAAUUCAAUUCCUCCCCUUGGAAAUUAUCAAGAUUGGAUAUUGGGUUGUUUAUUUUUCUUUCGUAAGGCAUCACAAAAAUUAAAGAUUCUUAACUUACCUAAUUGUACAAUACCCAUACCCUUGCAACAUCUGUUUUCAUUUCUCUUACUUACUCCCGGGAUACAUUGGGAUAUCCUUAGUCGACCCCCUAGCCUGGCGCCUCCUGUCGCAGGUUCACCAUCAAAGUCCUGCCCUAUCUCGCUUUACUAAUCCUUCGUACGAAUCAGUUUGAUACCCCGAUACUUGAUACCUGAUACAGCAUUCCAAGGCGCACGACUCAUCCUGUCCUCCUGCGGCAGACAGCGAAUCAGGUCUUUCCCUGUUAUUCCCCGAUUCGUGUGUUUGACGGAGGACAAUAAGGGGGACACAUACCAUCCAUAAUGCGCCGAAAGCCAGUUCCCAACCCGUUGUCCCUGGCUGACGAUUCGGAUUCCUUGGGCGAACAAUCUGCAGCCAGCGCCAGCGCCAUCAGCAGCGCCAAUGCCAGUGCUAACACCAGUGCUAAUAACAGCGCUCGCGCCCUACCCUACCCCGACCCAGAGAGACUCAGCCCGCGUCCGACCCUCGGCAGCGAGUCCACCCUUCAAGUCAUCUCGCCGACGUCUUCGAGGUCGCCCAAGUCACCACGCUCACCCUUUGUCAGCAAGUUCAACACGACCACGCCUAGGAAACCCCUACCGCAGCAAAACCUGCCUUACCCUGUCGAAUCGCACAUGCCGCCGCACCCUCCCGGCGACGUGCAUCUUGCUCAACAUCGACGACGCCAAUCUCCACAUCGCCGCGAACCAGAGUACCCACCUUUAGCUCUCCUCCCGUCGUCAAACACGACAAACACAAUUACCACCACCAACACCGCGUCUACCGCGCCGGAUACAUGCUCCCAUCCCGAGGUCGAGAAACACUCGAGGAGUGGUAGCCGCUUUUUUAACUUCGGCAAAGCCUCGAGGUCUGCCAAUCAGCUUUACCCUAAUCACAACGAUAGCGCAAACAUGAGCGAGACUAUGUCCCGAGGAACAGAGAAUACCAUUAUGUCAGAUAGAGGGGUGUCGAGUAAGAAUUCUAAGAAUUCAGAUCUAUCCUCGUCUGUUGAUCUUUCAACACAAAAGUCAGGCCAUUCUUUGCCGUCCAGAUCUGACGUUUCGUUGACGUCGGCUAGCGAACAAGAAGCCAACUCUAAGAAGAACAAACCGAAGCCUUUCACACUAAUGGGUCGGAAUAGGUCCCUGAAGGAUAGAGAUGGACAUAGCCCAAAGGAAUCUAUCACAAUCAAGCUGAGUGAACCGGAGCGAGAUAACUCCUUGGCGGGUAUGCAACCUUUGAGGACGGCACCUAUGAAUGCCGACGGCCACGAGAGGUCUUUUAGGCACAUGAUGAACUCAACGGUACGGAACCAUUCUGCCGACCGCGCAAUUCCUCCUCGGGACAUACCAGGGAACAAAGACCAUCGACAUGAUAAAGACUAUUAUAGAAGCAAUACCUCCUCCCUCAGCAAUAAUAAUAACGCCAAUACAUUCUUCAAUGGUCUAAAAAAUUCUGGAAGUCGAGCAGCCGACAUGAUCAGCAAAGGAUUAUUUGGAAGGAGUGGCCGUAGUGCCAGUUCAGCUGAUAGGGAGCCAGUAGUUGAUGACGAGCAUUACGUUCUAAAGGUUAUCAAUUUGCCAUUGGUCGAACAGACGCGACUGACGAGAAUUUCAAAGCGGCUCGAAGAUUCUCGUGAUAAGACGGAAUUCUGGAUGCCCGCCUUCCCCUGGCGAGCCAUUGACUAUCUCAAUCUUAAGGGAACCGAUGUUGAAGGUCUAUAUCGUGUACCCGGGAGUGGUCCUCAGAUCAAGAAGUGGCAAAGAAAGUUUGACGAAGAAUAUGACGUCGAUUUAUUUGCCCAGGACGACCUCUACGACAUAAAUAUCAUCGGUUCUAUGUUCAAGGCCUGGCUACGUGAACUUCCUGACGAGCUUUUCCCGAAGGAAGCUCAAGAGCGAAUCUCCCGCGAAUGUGCUGGUGCGGAAUCGGUACCUCAGAUGCUCAUCGAUGAGCUUUCCAAUCUGUCGCCGUUCAACUACUAUCUCCUUUUUGCUAUCACGUGCCACCUCAGUCUGCUCCUCGCACAUUCCGACAAAAACAAGAUGGAUUUCCGCAAUCUUUGCAUAUGUUUCCAGCCCUGUAUGAAGAUCGACGCCUUUUGCUUCAAGUUCCUCGUUUGCGAUUGGAGGUUAUGCUGGCAAGGAUGCAGAAAUGAGGCUAGAUAUAUCGAGGAAGAAUAUCAGUUAUUCCAACAACCGCUGCCUCGAGGACUAACAACGUCACCGGACUCCCGAAGCCGUAGUGGGGCCAAUACUCCGGAUGAUCGAAAUUUAUCUUCGUCGGACAGCAAUAAACUAUCAGCGCCCCCUGCAGACCAACAUAAUGGGAAAUUGAGAAAGAAGCCGGGGACAGGAGGCCAAAACGGGGGCGCAACAUCGAACUACCCGGUUAUUGCACACUCUCUAGGUCUUAAUGGCGAGCAAGACGUGGCGCCACGACGAUCCGGAGAACGAGAAUUAAGGCCGCUGUCGCCCAUCAAACCUCUGUCCCCGAUGAAUUUCUCUUAAUUUCGUCACUUAUAUCUCGGUAUACGCAAUUGGAGAAUAAGGAUGGGUUUUAAUCCGGAUCUGAUGAUACCUUUCUUUUUGCUUUGUCUUGAUAAUACCCCCCAGGAGAUGAAUGUGGUGCAUAUACGGCAUUUGGCCUGGCGGUCCUCUUUUUUUGACGAUAUUACGCUCCGUUUACGAUUUCUACCCCUUUUUUUCUUCUCUUUUCAUAUCUUAGCGCUCUACAAUCGUCUAGCUCGGAGCUCGCCCGUUAUGGUUCGGUAGCAUGCCAACGCCCUUUUUUUGGUUUCUUCGGCGGUGGUAAAUUAGAAUACUUGGGGGUGGGGAUGUAGUCGAGUGGUCUCAUGCUGUCCUGUGCGAACAACACCUUUUUUUUUUUGUCUAGUUCCGUUCCUCGACGUUCGGCCUUCUGAAGAUCUGGAAAUAUCAUCAUACCCAAACACCGAUUCUAGGAUAACUGGUGGUUAACGGUGGCGGUUGUGUAGAAGCAUAACCUACUAUUCAUCCUCAAUACACCAUUUGCGGUGUUUUGAAUAACGAAUUCCUACUUGGCUAUAGGGUGAAAGCUACGUGCAAGGUGGACAGAGUGCAGCACAAUCGUAGCGACGGAGUUUGGAAAAAUCAAGGGACGGGAAAAGAAUCUGUACCAUAGGUUGCCGGAAGUUCCGCAAUUGCCAAUAUAAAUAUGUGCCUAGUCCGCAAAAC